AGCAUUACCUUUUCUACAUCUCCGCCUUGGUGUUGAAGAGCCAUACAACACAUAACGUACCUUCCACUCCACCUAAUCGAGGUCUGUUCAGGCGCCACAAGUCAGUAAGUGUCGAGAUAGCGGUUAAUGAGUACAAUCUCACGGCAUCGGACGCGUGUGGCACCCUCCACUGCUGCGACACACGGGUGAAGGCCUCGCCCUACAUGCUGACCUGCUGCUGCAGCAUAUAUGCGUCUGUCACAAACAGAUAAAGUGACUUUUCCAUCGUUUAUAGGAUUUGGUGUCAAGGUUUCAGUACGUCACAAUAAAUCUCUUUCCCUGAAUGUUAGAAUCAGACGAUCAACAAGUGAGAGGCAAAGAUGCAACAUCCGUGACACCGUUAGGAGCGACAGCAAAAGAAGUCUAUAAAGAGAGAAGCGUUGAGGUGCACUACUGGUCGCCCGCUGUCCGCAGUCCUGCAGCUCGCCGAGGCAUUGGACGGCCGCCUGAUGGUGCGUCACAAGGCGCGCGAAACCAGUGUUGAGCGGCGCACUAGGUGCGAGGGAGCGUGGCGGCGCGGGAGUGAGUCUGUUGGCUGCCACGACACCACCACCGCCAUUACCACCACCACUGGGCCAUGGCGACGCUGCCCGCCACUAGUAAACGGCUGCUGCUGGUGGCACUCUUCAUAGCCACGGUCACCCAAGCUGUUGUUAAGGGUGACGAAGACCUGACGUUCGAGGGGGAGGAUGUGCUGAGGGCCAACGUGGAGCCUGAGGUGCCUGCGGUGGGGCUCCUGCAGAAGUCCGGUGUGGCAUUGGUGCGGAAUCGGCGGUACCUGUGGCCGUGGAGCAUCGACGACGAGGACUAUGGGAACGCGGCAUUGGAGGACGAGGAAGGAUCUGGCCUGUAUCAUGAGUGCCGUGUGGGGUUCCCGUGUGAUGGUGUGCGAUGCAUUCCCGCAAGCCAGGUGUGUGACAGGAAGCAGGACUGUGUGGACGGCGCAGACGAGGCCAAAUGCGUUAUUCCCACCCCUACCACCACCACCACCACGACCACCACCACCACUCCCAGGCGUCGAGUGUGCGGUGACAAGAAGCGGCCGAAGCUGUGUAGGGACGGCGUGACCAGGGCGUGUUUCUGUGACUCCGUGCGUGAAUGUCCGGGAGGGGAGGACGAGGCUAAGUGCUCUAAAAGGUGUCGGAAAGGGAUGUGGAGGUGCCGAGACGGAGGCUGCGUGAAGAAUGCUGCGAGGUGUGACGGGUUCUGGGACUGUCAGGAUGGCUCCGACGAGAGUAACUGCCCUGCUAUAUAUAGAUGCAGGCAGGACGAGUGGACGUGUGGCGACGGCUACUGCCUCAGCCUGGAGUGCCGCUGUGACGGAACCAAGCAGUGUUUGGACGGUACGGACGAGGAGAACUGCCCGUCGAUUUGCAAGGCCGGGGAGUUUCAGUGCUGGAGUGAUAAGUCCUGUGUCUCGGAGGCGUGUCGCUGCAAUGGAUACUGGGAUUGUGCUGACGGCUCAGACGAAAGAGGCUGUAAAACAGCAGUGUGCAAGGCUGGGGAGUUCCAGUGCUGGAAUAACAAGUCCUGCGUCCCGGAGGCGUGUCGCUGUAAUGGAUAUUGGGAUUGUGCUGACGGCUCAGACGAAAGAGGCUGCAGGGCGCCAGUAUGUCAGGCCGGGGAGUUCCAGUGCUGGAGUGACAAAUCCUGUGUCUCGGAGGCGUGUCGCUGCAAUGGAUACUGGGAUUGUGCUGACGGCUCGGACGAAAGCGGAUGCAGGAGUACGCCGGUUUGUAAGACUGACGAGUUCCAGUGCCAGAGUGACAAGUCCUGCGUCUCCGAGGCGUGUCGCUGCAAUGGAUACUGGGAUUGUGCUGACGGCUCGGACGAAAGAGGUUGCAAAAGUACGCCAGUGUGCCAGGCCGAGGAGUUCCAGUGCUGGAGUGACAAAUCCUGUGUCUCGGAGGCGUGUCGCUGCAAUGGAUACUGGGAUUGUGCUGACGGCUCGGACGAAAGAGGUUGUGCAAAAGUUUGUCAGGCCGGAGAGUUCCAGUGCAGUGACGGGUCUUGCAUCGCUGGCGAGUGUCGCUGCAAUGGGUUCUGGGACUGUGCUGACGGCUCGGACGAACAAGGGUGUGCAGUGUGCCGGGCCGGGGAGUUCCAGUGCUGGAGUGACAAGUCCUGCGUCUCAGAGGCGUAUCGCUGCAAUGGACACUGGGAUUGUGCUGACGGGUCGGACGAAAGCGGAUGCAAGAGUACGCCAGUGUGCCAGACCGGGGAGUUCCAGUGCUGGAGUGACAAGUCCUGCGUCUCGGAGGCGUGUCGCUGCGAUGGAUUCUGGGAUUGUGCUGACGGCUCGGACGAAAGCGGAUGUAUAAAAGCCCAAGCACCGGUGUGUAUGAAAGGGGAGUGGCAGUGCGCGGACCUCUGCUGCAUCCCUGAGUCGGGGCGCUGUGACGGCGUGUGCCAGUGUGAAGACAACUCCGACGAAGCCAACUGCCCCUACGGGUAAAACCUGGUGGUCGUGGCAGCGCUGCAGGGAAGCCUCAUCGCGGACACCACGUGUGACGACUUCCAUGAGUGUUGUACUCAUGGUUGCAACUAACAAUUCUGUACUAAUCCAUAGACGACGAACAAUGCUGUACUGAAUUAUAGAUGAAGAAGAAUUAUGUACUAAAUUAUAGACGACGAACAGUGAUGUACUGAAUUAUAGACGACGAACAAUGCUGUACUGAAUUAUAGAUGAAGAAGAAUUAUGUACUAAAUUAUAGACGACGAACAAUGAUGUACUGAAUUAUAGACGACGAACAAUGCUGUACUGAAUUAUAGACGACGAACAAAGCUGUACUGAAUUAUAGACGACGAACAAAGCUGUACUGAAUUAUAGACGACGAACAAUGCUGUACUGAAUUAUAGACGACGAACAAUGCUGUACUGAAUUAUAGACGACGAACAAUGCUGUACUGAAUUAUAGACGACGAACAAUGCUGUACUGAAUUAUAGACGACGAACAAAGCUGUACUGAAUUAUAGACGACGAACAAUGCUGUGCUGAAUUAUAGACGACGAACAAUGCUGUACUGAAUUAUAGACGACGAACAAAGCUGUACUGAAUUAUAGACGACGAACAAUGCUGUGCUGAAUUAUAGACGACGAACAAUGCUGUACUGAAUUAUAGACGAACAAUGCUGUACUGAAUUAUAGACGACGAACAAAGCUGUACUGAAUUAUAGAUGACGAACAAAGCUGUGCUGAAUUAUAGACGACGAACAAUGCUGUACUGAAUUAUAGAUGAUAAAUUCCCUACUAAAUGAUAGACAAUAGGUUAAAUGCAGCAAAAAGAGCGCAGACUCCUCCUCAGAUUCAAAUUCAAUUGUUUUAUUAGCCAUAUGAGCAUGCUGUAAGUAUAUGUCUGAUCCUAUACAGCAGUUCAUUACAAUGAUAAUCACAUUUAUCUAUUCUUAUUUAUCUAUUUUUUUUUUUAUUGACUUGCGAUGCACAAGAGUUACAUUUUAUUGUAGUAGCUGAUACACAAUUAUAUACUCCUCGUCCUUGUCCUCGUCCUUGCCCUCAUCCCAUAAGAGCAGAGACGCACUGGUUGCCUGAAGUAGAAGAGGCGGUGAAGCAGGAUUCUUGAGUAAUACUGGGGCUGUUUCAAUUUAUAUGAUAAAGACAGCAAAUUGAAAUAAGAGUUGUUCUCGUCCUCGUUCUCACUCAACAACAAAUGAGCAUUGGUUUCCUGAAGCAGAAGUGACACUUAAAGAAUUUUAGAAAGGUUUAUGCCAAUUAUAAACGUCCCUGUGCAGGACGAAGGGAGGGAGGAAGGUGAGGGCAAGUUAAACAUUUCUUGUUUAUUAUUUAGUCGAUGUAUU